AUGAUGCUCUCUGUGGUUCUCUUGCUCUUUGUCAUUCUCUCUGGAACUCAUGUGACUGGCAAAGAAACCAUUGCCGUCUCCCUCUCAAAAUCGCUGGGCUGCCCCUGGCUGAAAGGCGAAUUCGCCGCCAAUUCCGCAAACGUCGUCUCCCGCUCACAGGCGAAGCGUGGUUAUGACUUUAGUACCGUGUACGGCAGAACCUGGUUCAAGAAAAUGCAGAGGUUUGGGUUGAUGUCUGAUGGCUCUGAGUCUGACGGAGGCGGGGACUCUGAUAACGAAGAUCAAAUUAAGAAGAAACAUUUGAAGGAGACAGGAUGUCUUGCACUUGUCACCCAUUUUGCGUUGCGCAAACCCGGUCGAGAUGCGAUCAGAGACGUCAUGCUUGAGAAGGAGGUUCGGGUGAUUUUCGUGAUUCUACAGAUUACCAGAAUAAUGGAUGAAGUGAAGUUGGAGUUAAGAAGUAGCCUCCUCGCUUAUUUCGCAACAAUGCCACGUCCGAAGCGCACAAAAAUUGCACCCUCUGCGCCAGCCCCCCGCGUCAGAAACCCGGCGAAGACGACGAAGACCGCAGUCGAGCCAGAGCCUGCCCCAGUAUCGAGGGACUCGAAAAACGAUUUAUAUGAUGUCAGCGAUAUGGAUGAUCAAGCAGUGAGGAGUGUGCGACACGUCAAGAAAACUAAUGGCAAGACGAAGGUUGGAUCCGCUUCGAGGUCAGAGGGGCGCGCAAUGGGAAUGAGCACGCGCAAUUCAGAAGGGAGAGAUCCCGAAAGAGCGCACAAGGCACUAGAGACCGGUCGCGUGGCUUUAGAAUCCCGGGGUGAGGAGUCAGAUGGACUAGAUUUGGAUCUGGGAUCAAGCAGUCCAGCAGAGGUUGGUCGGAAGGAAAUGCGGACACCCGCGAUAGAGAGCUCUUUGCUUGUAAUUGGAAAUUUCAAAAGACGAGCGCGUCAACCAAGCAUACUCAGUGGUGGAGCUACUCGGGCGCGGUCAAGCAGUGUCGAGUCAAAUCUGGCGCAGGACAAUGGCCUCGCGAGCGUGGGUAAGAGGAAUACCUCAAUUAUGUCAAUCAGCAAGUUUAAACGUCGACCGAGACAACCCAGCAUUUUAGGUCAGAGAGUUGCACCUAUGGUAUCAAGUAGUAUGGGACUCGAGAUGGACAGAGGUACACCAGCACAAAUCGGCUCAGCUUUGAAAUUUGAACAUUUCAAGCGCAGGGCGAGAGAAACCAGCAUACUAGGAACGGCACAAAAGACUCAGUCACAGCGACUUGAGUAUGAUGACGAUGAUGAGGGCGAUUUCAAUCCCGAGGAUGAGUCAACGCCCUUGAAUCUCUCGAAGACUAGAAACACGACGACCUCUUCAGCCACUUCGUCUUCAAAUCCUAGGAAACGCAAGCUCUCAUCUGUUCAAGUUUCCAGAUCUAGUCCGGCUUUACCAUCACCCAGAAGAAUUCAACCAGAGGAGACGGUUCCAGCUACCAGCAUGUCGAAUGACGAAGAAGGAAGCCAGCUGGGAUCCCUCGAACAAGAUCUAAUACUAUCCAUCGAAGGCCGAUCUAUCGCCCCCGAACCAUUGAGCGAAACUAUGGCGCCACCUCGAAGCAGCAGCUCUCUCCCUUCAAGCCCCGAACCCCCUCUACCAUCACACCGAGCGCCGUCCAGGGGUAGACGGCCUUUAAGAGGCAGAACGCCACCACCAAUGACCCAAGACUCACCAAUCUCCUCACCACCACCACUCACUCACUCUCCAAACCGACCAGUAAUAGCUGCAGCGAAAUCAAAACCAAAAAGACAAGCUCCGCCUCCUAGCACGUUCUCCACCGCUCAACUGCAGUCCCUUCUUCCCCGGAGACGGCGACAUCAAGCCCGCGAUCCAUUCGACAUUCCCACCUCAGAGGACGAAGUCGAUAUCUCCGGUCUCGCUUCAGGAGACGACGAACUCUCAUAUCUCGCUGUACGAGCACGGAGUCGAAGAUCCACCAUCCCACCCCGAAGAACACCAGCGCCUCUCAAGGGACCUCGAAACGCCAGGGCGGCGACCAAAGGUAAGCAGCCAGCUGCCAAACGGACCUACGGCGCACAGGCUCGUGCAGCCUCCGACAAAGAGAAUGAAGAAGAUGUCGAUCCGGACGAUAGUUUGGGACCACUGCCCGAUGAUGAGGGAAACGAGAGUCCUGAGAAUAGCCAGGAGUUGGAGAAGAGAGUUGGACGGGAGCUGAAGGCUGCAGCGAGGAAGUUUGAGGAGGUGGAUCAGUGGGAGUUGGAGUUUGAGGAGGUUACUGCUAGUAGUUCUUCGCCGAAGGAUGCGAGAUAA